AUGGAUCGACGAUAUUGCACGUCGCAAAUAGGAGUGGAAAAAGCACUACCGUAUUUGUUCCAGAAAUAUAGCAGCCCUGCAUCUACACUGGCGACUGCAUCAACAUCCAGUGUGUCUGAAAAGAAUAUCGCAUUAACAUCCGGUGCAAUAACGAAAAUUGCACCUACACCAUCCGGUGAAACAUCAACCAGCACAUCUGAUUCUAGUGUAAAAUUAACUACUACAGUUAGAUUUAGCUCGACACCAAGUCAGCAAGAAUUAAUUAGUCGUGUAUCUAAAUUAGAAAAUCUAUCUAUCUUAUUGACUCAAUCACCACACAGCAAAAAUCUUUAUUGGUACAGCAAUGUAUAUCACUACUAA